AACGUUAUAUUCUUCAAACGAUGAAUAUUUUCAGACGCGUGCUGAAGUGAGAUGGGAGAGUUAACAGGGGCCAAUGGGCAAAAACUGAUGGUUAGGAGUAAGAGGGAGACACUUGAAGCUGUUGGCGUUCUCUCGCCUUUUUCUACCGAGUUUCUUCGCGUAUCGUGUUAUCACAAGUUACUUUAUCACUCAAGUGUUCAACCCCCACGGCAGUUAACAGUGGGGUGUCAAUUUUUUUGUGAAUUUCCGGGCCUUUUGUCACCAGGAAAACUCGGAGGGAAUUCCGAAGAUAAUUAAUUAAUCUUCAAAUUUCAAUGGACGGUCCAGGAACAUUAACUUGGGAGGAGUUUCUCCUCAAUGCAAAGAGUUUAGUUCGAGUUUCGAAUGAAAUUUCGGACAACUGGGAACUCCGUGGUGACGAGGAAAUACCUGGACAGGCUUAUUUAUGCAGGAGCGUAAAGACUUUUGUAUCGAGCGAUUUGGCGGCUACAUUGAGUGGGAAGAAUGCGCGCGAGGAACUGGGGAAUUUCGAAGAUGUUGAUGACCCAUUCGAGGCAAAGCGGGUUGGGGAUUCCCCGAUGUGCGUGGAGCAUCAUAUAUUGUGGUCCAUGAGCUAUGGGGUUCCUGUUCUCUACUUCAAUGCUUGGAUGUCAGAUUUCCCGGGGGUAAAUGCAGUGACAGUCGAAUCAAUACAAAAUCUCGUGCAACAGGGAGUAGGCUACAAUGAGCUAUCGCAGGCAAUGCAUCCAAUUCUAGGCACAAUAUUUCUGCAGUUCCAUCCUUGUUUGUCGAGCGAGCUCAUUCAGCACACGUCGAAGAGCAACAACAAAUUGAUCAGCUGGCUGAGUACAGUAGGCCCAUCAGCCCUAAACUUGAAACUGAGUCUAGAGUAUUUCAACCUGACCCUCGAGGAAAGUCCAACCAGCUGAUAGCAGUCAUAAUCGUCCUCAUUUUCACCCAGCAUGAUAAAACGGUUCAUAAUUGACAAUGGAGGAAUAAAAAUGGAGAAAGGAAAUGGAAACGAAUGAGCUACAUCUAUAUCCCUCAACAAAAGGCUUUUCUGAAUGGCGAAUUGGUCAGGCUGACCUAUCAGAGUCCUUCGGCAUUGUGUCACCAACUUUUUUUUUUCUCGAUAAAAGCGGAUUGACCAUCUACGAGGAUUUUGUUUAAUCAAUGAAUGGCUCUGCUGGAGGGUUAAAUCCUCUCAUUAGUCGUUGGAUGUAGCGAGUGGGACGUACGUACACACAUGUAUGCCAUUGAUGAUGAGAUUAUUGAUCCCGGGAGAGUCAACGCUCGUGUGAAAUUCCGGAGUUUGAAUUUUCCCUUGCGAAUGUGAAUUGAGAUUUGAAAAUAAAUUGCAUUUUCCCGUC